AGUCGAGGGUGUACCCCGCCUCCCUCCCUCGCAGAGUCAGCAGGGAUAGGCUCCAGCUCACCCGCCGACCUAAUGAGGAUAAACGCUGUAGAAAAUGGAUAGAUUUCUGAUGUAAACCCGGUGUGUCGUCGAGUGACUCCUGGAGCCGCCGUGUUAGCUGAUCCGCUGGCUGGCUGCACGUCGGUAGCACACACGGAGUCCGUCCGAAGGUGGAAGCCGGGCAGCCCCGGAAACAGAAGCAGGCCACGGCCGUUCGGACGGAUACACCAGAGCAAGGGACGCCGCCGGCGCGCUGUUUGUGUCCGAAUUGGCACGGCUAAAUAGAAUGUGGUACACGGCGUGUGUCACUCGACGAUACGUUCCCCGACAGCGCCUCUUCUUAACCGGGUCGGACCCUUGAGCAGCUCGGGAAUGGGACCGCGAAGAUUUAGCCACCGUCGAGCUAGCUAACAGGCGGAGUGGAGUGGACGGAUAGCAACUUUUUUUUCUUACUCUCAAGAGUUUUUCUUAACCUAAACCGGGGACAAUUAUGAGUGCUCGAAUAGUUAAUGUGAGCGAAUAGACGUCGUUUUUAUCGUUGUCUCGGCCUCGCUUUGGAGAAAGGAGAGGGGGGGAAAGGCCUGUUAAAUGUUUCGAGGAGCCGCGAAGCUAAUCCGUUAGCCGCUCUAAAUUCGCUCCUCGUCCGUCCACCACAAAUGAAGGAGUACAAAGUGGUCGUGCUGGGCAGCGGCGGCGUCGGCAAGUCGGCGCUGACCGUCCAGUUCGUCACCGGCACCUUCAUCGAGAAGUACGACCCCACCAUCGAGGACUUUUACAGGAAGGAGAUCGAGGUGGACUCGUCGCCGUCUGUGCUGGAGAUCCUGGACACAGCGGGCACCGAGCAGUUCGCCUCCAUGAGAGACUUGUACAUCAAGAACGGCCAGGGAUUCAUCCUGGUCUACAGCUUGGUAAACCAGCAAUCUUUCCAGGACAUUCGACCCAUGCGUGACCAAAUAGUCAGAGUGAAGCGCUUUGAGAAGGUGCCGCUAAUCCUGGUGGGCAAUAAGGUGGACCUGGAGUCAGAGCGUGAGGUGGCGGGCUCGGAUGGUCGGGCCCUGGCUCAGGAGUGGGGCUGCCCCUUCAUCGAGACCUCGGCCAAGAGCAAGACGAUGGUGGAUGAGCUGUUCGCUGAGAUCGUGCGGCAGAUGAACUAUUCCACACUGCCGGAGAAGCAGGAGCAGUGCUGCACUGCCUGCGUGGUACAGUGACCAAGAGAUGCAGCGUUUGUCUGGAUAAACAGGAGGGUGGGGGGUGGAGACAAUUUGAGACCAUCCCCACCACACAACAUGGCUGCCCUGCUAACGUUGAAGGUUCUUGAGCGUCUUAACGCAUCUGAAAGCUGAUAUGUCGCUCCUAUUUUUUAUAUCCUUACUGUUAACGGGAUGUUUCUAAUGCCACUUUAAGAGCCUUGAAAGGGACAAGAAGAGACUUGACACGGAGGAAAGUACUCUUGAAUUUCAUUCGUCCCCCCCCCUCCCACCCUCGUUUUAGUGAGAUGUCUCCCUCAAGUGUAAGAAACAACACAAGUGUUUGUGAGGAUGCAGCUCCUUUUUAAAGCUGCUUUAAUCACAGUUAUAUACUUUAGUAUGACUUGUAUUACAUCACUAUGGAAAGCCGUUGGGGCAUUUAUUCCAACGCCUUGAUAUCCAUCUUAAGGUCUGUGUGCUAGUCCAAUCUUUAUCCUCACUACUAAGAUAAUUUAGCACACUAGUAGAAGAACUAGGGUGCAUUAUUAAAACAACCAGUGUUGUACCUGAACAAGUUCAGCGAAUGAAAGUUCAUUAACUCGUUUAUACAAACAUGAACUGAACAUAGUGUGUUUUUCUGCUUGAUGGACGUUUUUGAGAACGCGGUCAAACUGGCGUCUCUUAACGGUUUUUAAACGGCAGUUCAUUUUUAUUUCAUAGUGCCAGUUUCCCUUAAGCAGCGCAGCAUUACAGGCUUUAUAGUAGCGAUGAAAUGUACAGACCAAUUUACAUGCAAGUUAAGCCAUCACACGUCACAUGACUCAGCCAAUGAAAUCUGCAUUUCAGGCAGUGAUCCCAGACUGCACGCAAAGUUCAGAAAAUGACAGAUAAAGGAAGAGAAUAUAUGGAACAAAUGCCCCCCACCUCCCCAAAAAUAAAAAAAUAAAUAAAAUGGAACGGCCAGCCAGUUCAGGGUGUACCCCGCCUCUUGCCCGAAGAUAGCUGGGAUGGGCUCCAGCACGCCUGCGACCCUAGUGAGGAUAAGCGGAACAGAAGAUGAAUGGAACGGCCAGUCAUUUUUGGUAAGAGCACUUAUUAAAAGCAAACAUAACCUCUAAAACUGUUCAAUUAAGUUUGUUGUCGAAAUGUAAAACUGAAAAGGGGAAAAUCAGUUUUUUCGUUUAAAUUUUUUUGAAGUGAGCUAUGAACUACUUCGUUUUUGGAGUGGUGAACUUGUUUCAAAAAUGUUUUACUUUGAACUGAAGUAGUUCAUUUUAGAAUUUGUGAACUGAACUUUCCCAACAUUGAGAACAACUGUCUUGCUACUUUUCAACUUUCCUGUACACGAGUAGCACAACCUUGGCCAAUUAGUAGGACAACGACAUGUUAUUCGUAUGGAAAAACUGUGUGCUAGUUUAAAUCUGCAUGCUACUGGAACUACUAGUGAAGCACUAACUCAUAGAAUUUUGUCACUGGUAAUACUAGUAGCAUGUAUUAUGUAUGUACAGUAGUUGGCCUGUUUUGUUUGUUUUUUACAACUAGUGCCACUUUUGGCCAACUAGUACGCAACUAAACCUUACUAGUAAACUACUCUGCUGCACUAGUAACAAUCUAGGCCCAGUGGAAGGUAGUAAUGGAAAAAACAUUACUAUUAAAACAGUUGUUCGACAAAAAAAAAAAAAAGUAUUGGGGAAAACAUUGGUAAGGCAAUUGUUCUCCAAGUGUGCUAAAGUGCCUUAGUCGUGAGGGCAAAGAGUGUACUAGUACGUGAACAUUAAGAUGGAUAUAAUGGAUAUCAAAUAAAUGUUCAAAAAGGGUUUCCAUAUAUCACUGUUUUUUUUGGAGUUUGAACAAGGAUUUCAUAUUAUGGAAACAUUUUUAAUUUUAAGCAUGCACACUUAAGUUGUUCUUCCAGUACACUGCUCAUUUUAUUUUGGGACUUUUUUUUUUUUUUUUUUUUUUGGUCGUUUCAGGAAAUGUUGACAGGACGUUUGACAGUAUGGAACAAACUUAUUUUUUUAUUUUUUUGCAGUAAAGGCCAUUGUUAAAUCUUCAAAUCUGCAUGCUCAAAAUUGAAAAUGUUUUAUGCAGUCUUGAGAUGAUUAAAAAAAGAGCCAUGUUCCUGUAUUAAAGCUUGAAUUCUACGGCGCGCCUCGGAUACAUAAGCGCACGGAUCACGUCGACGACCAUCUUCGUUUGCUUUUCUCCCAACGUCUUUGAGGCGGGAGAUGGAUUGCGAAAGGACCAAAGCAAGCACACACUUCAUGCAGAUUUUGUUUUCAUCAUUUAAACAUGGGGAUUUUUGUUGUUGUUGUUCAUUCAAUAACUCCAGCUGCAACAUGUUAAGCAGAUUUAACAUUGCUUUCUGUAUUCUUUUUUUGUUUUAAAUAGUAUAUUUAUUAAAAACUAAUGAUGUGAGUA